GCCAAAACAAAAAGAAAAAGGGAAAUCUAAAAUGUGACAUGGGAGAGCCCAUGCCCAAAGUUGCGCCAAAACAAAACGAAAAAGGGAAUCUAAUAAAGCAAAGCAAAUCGACGAGCAGUGAGUGAGGGAACAGAUUUGAAAGUUGGGGCAAAAUGGCAGACGCCAUUAUCGAGGUUGAAGACGACGACGAUUUCCUCGCUCAGGUGGCAACACUGGAGGCCGACGCUCUCUCCUCCAAGCGCCGUAAGACCACCGCCACCACCACCACCACCACCUCCGCCGCCGUCACUAGAAGCUCCAUUAACGCUGCUGCGGCGGAGGAGAGCGCGGAAGGAGCCUACACUGCAGCUCUCAGAGGGAGUAGAAGCCUUCUGUUUCAGCAGCAAAGCAGCAGAUCUAAUGGUGGAUUCAAAGUCCUAAACAACAACAACAACAUGUUUGCUAAUCCUGGAUUUGCCGGCGGCGGAGGCACCGUAGGAGGCGGAGGAGUAGAUUCGUGCUUCAAGUGCGGGAAAUCGGGACACUGGUCUCGCGAUUGCGAUACCAAUUUGUAUGGUGUUGUUGAUCCUUCGGUUCCUGAGAAGGCGUGUCCUUGUGGAUUGGGAGCUUGUAUUGUUCUCACUGCCAAUACCGAGAAGAAUCGUGGACGCCAGUUCUACAAAUGUCCCCUCAGAGUGGAAAAUGGGGGCUGUGGUUUCUUUGAGUGGUGUGACAAGAAUAUAGGAACUGAUAACACGACUGUUAGGAGCCAAACUCAGGUAUCAAAUCCAAGUCAUGCAUCAAAUCCUUCAAUCCCCGAACUUUCAUGCCUCUGCGGUGCUGGGUCUUGCUUAAUACUUACAGCCAAAACUGGGAAAAAUAUUGGCCAGCAGUUCUACCGUUGUCCUGCAAACCAGGGAAGCUCUUGCGGCUUUUUCAAAUGGUGCCAUGAACAUACAAUUCAAGGCAGCCCCCCUGUCCCAGUCAGCACCGCUAAAAUUUAUAAGACAAACGAGACGGGCAGCAACAACUUCGGUUUAAGAAGUGGUUCGUCAUGUUUUAAAUGUGGCAUGGAUGGGCAUUGGGCAAAAGACUGUCCCACCCUUUUGAUUCAAAAACCUGCCAAUCAAGGAGGAACUACCGCUUCAUCGCAUGCUUGUUACAAGUGCGGAAACCCUGGCCACUGGGCAAAGGACUGUUUGGGUUAGAUAGCAGGUUUAAUGUUGUUUUAAUGUCAGCACUUGUAAAUUGGAAUGUUGCAAGACUAGAUAGAUAGGUCGGUCACUUGGUGGACCUUUUUCUCGGAUUAGUGAUAACUGAUUCGUAUGUAUGGUUUAUGGAUCAAGAAACUCCUAGAUAUGCCUUUAAAAUUUCGCUAUA